UUAUCAAUAAUUUAUCUCCAUAUAAUUUCAUUUUGUGUCUUCUGGCUAAAGGAACGAAUACUUCCCAUCUUAGCAUUGUUUUUCAUGUAGAGAACUUGAGUAAAAGAAAAUUUGCCUAGGCCAGUUAAAAUGAACCUUCCAGAAGCCUCCCUCACAACUUGGUUCCUCAGGGGAGCACAGCCUCACAUGCACUCUGACUCCACCAAUGAUACAAAACUCUCAGCGGUAAUUCUGGCAGUUUCCUCCAGACUGUUCACUAAUUUCUUGCACCCUUUUUUGUGUUCCUCCAAUGACCCUCGCAGGAGCAGUUUAAGGAGGCUGCCCCUGUCAGGCCACAGUUCGGGCUGAAGAUGCUGCAGAAGAUGGGCUGGUCUCCUGGGGAGGGCCUUGGCAAGAAUAAGGAGGGCACUCUUGAGCCUCUUCUGCUUGACGUCAAGAUGGACAAGAAAGGUUUCCACGCCCAGGAAGAGCUGACCCCGAAGAAACAGCCGAUCCCCUUGGCUAAGGAUCUCUCCGAAGGCCAUUCCGUCUGUCUCGCCUCAGGCAAGCAUCCAGUGUCUGCCCUGGUUGAGCUCUGCUCCAAGAGGAAGUGGUCGCCCCCAGAGUUUGAGAUGGUCUUCGACUGCGGCCCCGAGCACAAGAAAAACUUUCUCAUGAAGGUAAUGGUAAACGGCCAAGAGUACAAGCCUUCAGUGGCUGCCUCAACCAAGAAGCUAGCCAAGGCAAACGCUGCCGCUGCCUGCCUCCAGUCCCUUGGCCUCUUCCCCAAGGACCCAGCCAACCCCUUAUGAUACUAGAUCUCCCAGACCAAACAAAAGUCCUUGAGGGAGUAGGGGAGGGAACAUAGUUAAAAGGGCCCCUUAAAAAGCCCAUGUGGCAUAGGAAGGCCGAGAUAGGCAUGUUUUUUAUUUGCUCUCAGUUCUUUUUUCCGUCUGUCUUUUUCUUUUUUUCUUUUUUUUAUCCAUGGUCAAGGGAUAACCCAGAAAGAUCUGCUCAGUCCCUCAUGAUACCAGAAGCCUUGAAAAUAAAUGAAUUGCAUCCUAGAAGGGAAAAGGACUAGACAAAUUAAAGGGGAGAAAAAGAAUAUUACAUGAAAUAAAUGGGUAUGGAUGUGAGAGAGCGAGAGAGAGAGAGACAGAGACAGAGUGAAAGUGAGAGAGAGUGAGUGAGUGAAAGUGAGAGAGAGAGAGAGAGUGAAAGUGAGAGAGAGAGAGAGUGAAAGUGAGAGAGAGAGAGAGAGAAAGUGAGAGAGAGAGAGAGUGUGAGAGUGAGAGAGAGAGAGAGAGUGAGUGAGUGAAAGUGAGAGAGAGUGAGUGAGUGAGAGAUAGAGAGAGAGAGAGAGAGAGAGAGAGAGAGAGAGAGAGAGAGAGAGAGAGAGAGAGAGAGAGAGAGAGAGAGAAACUCUAUAUUCUGAGGGGCAGAUUUAUGUACAAGUUUUGGUAAAGACAAAAAGAAAAUAGAUAGAUGAAAUAAAAAAAAAAAAAAAAGAAAGAAUGUAAAUCAUAUACUCCAAAGUUACACCAUGUGUUGAAGAGUGCAAAAAAUUUGGGGCAUUCAUAUCUUGUAAGUUUGUGCCCAUAAACCAUAGAGUCAUUUAGCAGUUUGUCAUGGUUAUUAUUUUCCGCUUCUCUCGCAUUUUGUAAUGUACACAAACUUUUACUUGUGUGUAUGUGUGUUGGGGGAGAGGGUGGGGGGGGGGGGUCCUUCAUACAUUUAUUUAUGUACAUAUCAAACAGCUGAUAUAUUUCAUCCCAUCAAGAAUAGUACAUGAAUGUUAUGUGGCUGUAUAAAAAAAUAUAUAUAUAACUGCAGAAAACUAUUAACAAAUUGAGUUAAUUACUAAAUUUAUUUGAGCCAUAUUUUUUGUUCAGAAAUAUCUGUUCAUUGCACAAGGAAAAGUUUUGGUAAAAUAUAUGACCAAUAGAAUGUUAAGAAAUUAGCAAUUUGUUUUUGUACAUUGUUUUUGAAAUUACUGAAAUCUUGCAAGUGUGUUGCAGAUUGGCUCUGUGGAAUGAGCUGCAAAGAGAGAAAAAAAAUGGAAAAGAAAGGUGGAAUCAUGAGUAGGGAUCAUAUAUAAGAAGAAAGGUAGUGCUGGACUGUAUUGUAAUAUCUUCCAGUCUGAGAAAAAGUGUGUGUGUGUGCAUGCAUGCAAGCUUGCAUAUGUGCGUGUAUAUACAUACAUACAUACAUACAUGCAUAUACAUAUUUACACACACACACACACACACACACACACACACACACACACACACACACACACACACACACACACACACACACACACACACACACACACACACACAAAUUGCAUAUAUAUAUAUACAUAGAUACAAAUACACAUGUAUACUUAUACACAUAUUUUUCUUGUUCUGUAAUGUUUGAAUUUUUAUUUUUAUGUAUAAUUUUUUUUUUUUUUUUUUUU